AACGUCUCAUCGUGUUUCUAUAAAUAUAGGCAAAACCCCCCACACACACAUAUACAUCUCUCUUUCUCUUCUGUUCUUGCUUCUUAUCAUUUAGAAUUUGCUAAUUUUAACGUAAAAUGGUUAGCGCGACAGUGGCGAGAAACAUUGUCGGCAUUUUUGGAAAUGUCAUCUCCUUAUUCUUGUUCCUCUCUCCCAUACCAACAUUCAUAAAAAUAUACAAAAUGAAGAAGGUGGAGGAAUACAAAGCCGACCCGUACUUAGCCACCGUGCUGAACUGCGCAUUAUGGGUCUUUUAUGGCUUACCAAUAGUCCAUCCAGACAGCCUUCUUGUGAUCACUAUUAAUGUCACUGGUCUUGCCAUUGAGCUCUUCUAUCUCUCCGUCUUCUUCUACUUUGCUCCCACCCCGCGCAAGGUGAAAGUGGGGAUAUGGCUUAUAGGAGAGAUGGUGUUUGUAGGAAUAGUAGCCACAUUGACAUUGCUAUUGUUCCACACACAUAACCAGAGAUCUACUUUUGUUGGAAUCAUUUGUGUCAUUUUUAUUAGCAUCAUGUAUAUUGCACCUCUCACCAUCAUGAGUAAGGUGAUCAAGACUAAAAGUGUGAAGUACAUGCCGUUCUCUCUCUCACUAGCCAACUUUCUCAACGGAGUCAUUUGGGUUAUUUAUGCCCUUAUUAAAUUCGAUCUUUUCAUUUUGAUUGGAAAUGGAUUAGGAACAAUAUCAGGAGCAGUACAGCUUAUAUUAUAUGCUUGUUAUUACAAGACAACACCAAUAGAUGACGAAGAAGAGGAGAAUCUUUCUAAGGCUAACUCUCAGUUGCAACUCAGUGGUAACGAGGAACAAGCUAAACGAGUUUCAGCUUGAUUAUAUCUUGGUUUAAUCAAAUAUUCAGUUAGUUAUCUUUUUCUAAUUUAAGCUUGCGUGUGACUUAUCUAAAAGUACCAAGAUGCGAUAUUAUAUUUCGUGCUUAAUCUGUGAAAGUCAAACUCCUUUUUCGUCUAGGAAAGAUAUUAACUCCCACAUGUUACAUAUAUAAAUCUGUGUAUGUUAUCAAAGUUUGCUGACUUGAUAUG